AUGUCAUCCGCGCCGAUCCGGCAACCGCGCGGCCCGCCGUCGUCUUCCUUCCCCGCUGGACCGCCCCAGGCUGACGCCGAAGCCCUCCUGCGCCGCAACAAGACGGUCGCGACCUCGAAGCACCAGGAACGCUUCCAGCCCCCGACCGCCAGCGUCGCCCGCACAGGCUCCCUCAGCGGCCCCCACAGGAGCUCCGGCUUCAACACCGGCGGCGCAUUCACGUCCAUGUCGCCCGGUCCCUCGCCCAGCCUGUCGAGCAGCCUCUCAUCCUCCUCGGGCAUGGGCGUCGGCAGCAUCGGCAGCGGCAUGGGCGGCAUGGGUAUGGGCGGCAUGGGCAUGAACGCCGCCGCGACGGGGAUGAACAUGGGCAUGGACGGUCUCGUGCGCCGCGGCAGCGAGCGGUAUCGCGCUGCCGCCGCCCCGAGCCAGGAAGAGACCCUCGUCGAAGCAGACGAGGGACAGCCCGACCGCGGCGGAACGUGGGGCAAGAGCGGCGGCCUCACCAGGCAAUCCUCGCUCCCGAGCAGACGAUUAUCCAUCAACCCUGGCUUAUUCUCUCAGCCGGGCGACAAGCAGAACAAUCUCCCGCCUCCGCCCCCGCGGCCUCCCCGCCGAGUGUACAACGACAGCAAGAACAGCGCUUCCCAGAACGACCAGCAGCGUGGCUCGCAUGCCCCUUCGCAUUCCAUGUCGUCCCUCAGCGUUGUCGUGCCGCAGAACCAGUAUGACGGAAGCAGCAUCUCGCCCGUCCUUUCGACGCCUGGUUCCGCCGGACACGGAAACUACGCGGCGAGCGCCCAGCCGCAGAGCCAGGGCGGCGGUGUCUCGCGCACCCAGAGUCUCCGCAUGCAGGCGACUGCGACGUCACCGAUCGACUACAACAGCAACCUCGGCCGUAGCGCUUCCAUGCGCACGCCAGGCGAGAUGAUCUACUCGCGCAUGAGCCCGCCUCCGCCACCGCACCCCUUCAGCCUGGCGACGCCCCCGCGCGGACACCAGUCCAACCUGCCGGGCAUGUACGGAGAUGAUGAUAUCGAGGAGCAGCGCCAGUCGGACCUGCGCCGGCACCAGAGCAUGACGGAGUACGGAUCGAGCUCGCGCGUGCAGCAGCGUCUCGAGCGCUCGCAGGCGCUCCUGUCGCUCGAGCAGCGCGAGGACCUGCGCCGCCAGAUGGGCACAUCGCCCGCCGCCGACUCCAAGUCGGGCACGCGCAGGCACUCUCGCCACCCGAGCGAGAUGGGAGGAGACGACACGCCCGGUCUCGGGCGGAGUGUGUGGACGCCGGGAGCUACCGGCGAGCAGUGGCCGAGUGCUGGAACUGCCGGCGCGCAGCAGCUGCAGGACGCCCUCGACGCGCUGUCGCUUCGGGACCCGCAGCCCCACGACGAGCCGUCCUGGGUCACCAAUUUGGUCGGCAUGCCGGGCCAGCCGUCGCCGCAGCCGACGGGUGGACGCCAGCUGUGGGACGACCGGUCGUACGCGGCGGCCUACGGUGGUCUCGCCGCGCAGAACAUGCAGCCGCCCCUGUCGCUCUACCAGCAGCAGCAGGCGUACGGCCAGCAGCUCAAGCUCGGCGUUCCUGGUGCUGGUGGCAUCCCUCAGAUGCCGGUGCUGCCGAUGCAGUACAACUACCUGCCAUACGCCCAGUACCAGCAGCCCGCUGCCCCGCAGCUCAGUGAGCAGGAUCUUGACGUGAUCGAGCUCGCGCGCAGCAAGGGCCUGAACCCGGCGACGUUCGACUGCCACCCGCCGUAUGCGCGUUUCUUCGUGAUCAAGAGCUACACGGAGGACGACGUGCAAAAGUCCCUGAAGCACGAGAUCUGGUCAUCGACCGUGCUGGGCAAUAAGAGGCUCGACGCGGCGUACCGCGAGUCGCACGAGCGCGGGCCGAUCUACCUCUUCUUCAGCGUGAACGGGUCGCGGCACUUCUGCGGUGUGGCCGAGAUGAUCUCGCCCGUGGACGAGACGGCGACCUCGAACGUCUGGGCGCAGGACAAGUGGAAGGGGCUCUUCAACGUGCGCUGGCGCAUGGUCAGCGACGUGCCGACGAGCGCGCUGCGCCACCUCCGCCUGACGAACACGCAAGACCAGAAACCCAUCACGCAGUCGCAUCUUCCUCGACCACCAGCACAAGAGCAAGACGUCGCUGCUUCAGGACUUUGCGUACUAUGA